GAUGAUCUUGCCACACGUAAAACGAGAACGCGUUGUGACAAAGAGACCAGGCCACGAUUACUGCAAGACUUGCCGUUGGGUGUACUUGGUAGCGUUGGAUGAAGUGCCUCCGCUCUGCAUGGCGGACUCGACACAGCAAGGAAAAGAUCAAGUGUGACGGGACCCGACCGGAGUGCCGCGGCGAAGGCAUCCGCAGCAUUGUCUGCGAAGGCUACUCGAUCCUGGACAUGAGGAUCCGAGAAGCACAUCCCGUCGUUGAAUGCGCGCAGUCUGCUCUUGCCCCUCUGCAGAGAUCACGCGCGGCAGUCGAGUGUCGUCUCGGAGACCCGAUCACGGGACAGGAGGCCUAUCGCACGCAAUUGUUGGCCGUAUUCUUGCAAGACCGCUCCCCGAAGAAGGCCUCCAUCGCCCCGUACAUCUCACACAUGCGCAACGCCUCGCUGCCCCAUCUGUGUGCCACGUACGCUCUCUCGAUGCCACUCCUGCGCUAUGCCGUCGACACCCUCUCCUUAGCGCAUCUCGCAAGCAAGCUCAACGAGCCUUGGAUCAUCCAUGCCGCCUCUGAUUACCGGGGACGCCUCAUAUGCAAGCUAAGAGACGCCGUGCAGUCUCAUCGACCGGCUCCGCGUCAGAAACAGCUCAGGGGAGGUGCCGAAACCGGCUGCUCUUCUCCCUCUCCGCAGCAGCACGCGGCAAACAGCAAUGCGCAAAGCAUUUUGAUGACUAUUCUGCUAAUGAGCAUCAUGCCUCCUUUUGCCGAGGACUCAGAUGCCGUACGCCGGGAGCAGGCAGCGCAUCUCGAAGCUAUGGCCCCCUCUUUCCUCACGGGAUACGAGCACCUUGAUACCGUCAUCAUCCGCCAACUUCAGUACCAACAAACCAGCCUGUCAAUCACGCGCCGCAAGACUCUCGAGUUUCUCAAUCCCGAAUGGACGAAGAUACCACGCAUGCUGUUCGAAGAAGAGAAUGCGAUGUACAGGAAGUCGGGCUGGGUCGCCAAGGCUAGCGCAGCCUCGCGGUGGCACCAGCCCACUGCGGACCAGCCCCGUCCACUCGACCGCCAACUCAUCCGCGACUUCACAUUACCAUUGCCGAAAUGGCUACAGACCGCCGACCGCUUCUGCGAAGGCUCUGGUCGACACUCGCGGACAGCACUCGACGCCAUCUCUGCUUCCGUCCGGCGCGCGCAUGAGAUCUGGGUAACCGCGAUACAUCCGGCGACUCUCGACGCGCCGCGAGCGACCUUGCACCCCAUGGUCACCCGCCGUGACGUCCACCUGUUCGACCCCAACAUCGAAGAGCACGCCUACAUGCUUGAAAACCCGACAGUCAUCACGGAACACUACCGCUUUACUGCGGGCAUGUAUACUAUCCCAAGCGCGAAUGUACGCUUCACAAGUCUCCUUAGCGACUGUGCGAUUCUCAAAGUCAUUUACUCGGGAAUGGAGCGCGACAGGCUAGGCCCCAACUGGACAGGGAUAUCCAAGGAUACCGUGGAGCGCAGGGCGCGCGUGACCGCCGUCGAGCUUUGCCAGCACGUUCACUACAUAGCUUAUCGCCCCCUCACGGCCGCAAAGUUCUCCCAGGCCCUAGUGACGGGCGCGAGGGAGUUCUUCGAGUGCGCGGGGCUCGAAGCGGAGGCGCAGUGGCGCGAGGGCUGUCUGGCGGCCAUUUCAGCGCGCAUCCAUCGUCUGUCGACGCAGCCAGGAGGCGCUUCGCUCUGUCCGCUGAUUAACGAGUACGAGUUGGCGUGCGAGGGGUUUCGGUACAAGUAA